GGAUUAAAAUCGUGUGCUACCACUGCCUGGUUCCCCAAUUUUCUAAUGCCUCCAAGCAGUUGCCCUACUGUGUACACUGGAAACGGGUAUAGAUUGGGUAAUAUGCAGUUCUGCCCAAAGAAACUUCCUAAAGACUUGUCGGCUGUGAGGUUGUGACCCCCUUCCCACUCUUGGAGGUCGGGAGUUCAACAGAACUGGGACCUAUCCUUACCCUAGUUUCUGUGCUCUUUUGUGUGACAGAACUGCCUAAGUGUGUGACGCUCUGCUUGUAUGUGUAACCUGUUUGUGUGUGGAAAUGAGGCUGCUUCCUUGGUGCGCAGGGCCACAAGGGGCAAACUGUGCACCAGAGGUUCACAUAUAUAGGUCUAAUUAACUCGGAGAUCUACAAAACCGAGAUUCUCGAAAAAAAAACAAUUUUCUAGCUGAGUUGAUCUCAGAUGCAGGAUUUCUAGGUCCUGAAGGGGCCCUCGCCUGUCUGUCCGCGGCGGUUCAAGGACUACAGAUUGGAGCAGGGCCUGGGCCCAAAGGUGGAGGGCCCCAUGCUCUUGUGUACUGCCCACGGGGGCAAGGACCUCCCGGCUCUUGCGCACGGCUCUUUCCCAAGAAAACAGAGUGGCUGUGUGGGUAUCGAGGAAGUUGGAACUGUACCAAGGUCAUCUAGGACGCAAGGGUCUGCUAGGUGCCGGGCCAAAACCAGCCCUAAUUGUGAUCCACAGGUGCCGGGUCCAGAGCGCAGAGGCGGAAAUGAGGGGCAGCCAUUGAGCCUCGCCUCGCUGGGGAGCGUGUCCACUGAUCUUCACCAAUAGCGAUUGGCCGGUGCCGGUCGUAGUCCAAUAAGGACGCCCUAGGGGAGGGUGUAAGUGAGUGUCCUCCAAUCAAUUGGGCCGUAUACCUCUACCAUUGGCGGGCAAGUCUGCCCUUGGGUCAGAGCGCACUUGCCCAAUUGGCGGCUACCAAGGGGGGCGUGGCACGGCGCGGUACUGAGGCAGGUAGUUGAGAGUCUGUCCGGCGAGCUGCAGCCUGUGCAGUCCCGUCCGCGGCUGCGUCCGCAAGCAUGGCCGGCUUAGGGCGGCCGGGCCCGGGGUCGCGCACCGCGAUGCCCGCCUGGAAGCGGGAGAUCCUUGAGCGGAGGCGAGCUAAACUGGCCGCCCUGAGCGGAGGCCCGGGACCCGGAGCGGUGCCGGAGGGACAGAGCGAGAAGCUGGUUCUGGCGGAGAGUCUGGGUCCGCUGAGCGAGAACCCGUUCAUGCGACUUGAAUCGGAGCGGCGUCGAGGGGCACGGCCCGCGCAGCAGCUGCUGGAGCUGUACCGUCGCGUGCCGGGCGUGCGUACCAUCCGAGCCGACAACAUCCUCAUCAUCGAGUCGACUCCUGGCUUCCCGCCCGCCGUGCCGCCCGCUGCGGGUAUCCGCGCGGCCGAGGUAGUGGUGUACGAGGCGCCUCAAGAGACGCCUCAGCCGGGCCGUGUCAGCCGACUGCUGGAGAAGUUCGACUCGCCGGCCGCCCCCCGCAGCCGCGGGAGCCCGGAGCGCUCCCGCUCUGGGCUUCCGCAGCUUCCCGUGGCGCCUCCAUCUACUGCCACGCGCGCUCCCACCAAUCGGUCGUUGGCUCCUGCCCCAUCGGUGCGUCUCAGCCAGCCCGCACUCCCUGUUUCGCCUGUUCCCGUUGCCCCGCGCGCGGGUCAGCGCUCCGCCUGUUGCGAGCCCGCGCACCCCGAUGGUACCGCGGGCCCUGGGGCCCGGCGCAGCGACUUCCUACAGAAGACCGGCAGCAACUCCUUCACUGUCCACCCCCGGGGCCUGCCCCGCGGUGCGGUCAAUCACUCGCUUUCUAAUGGACCCGUGAUCCAGAAGUUCCCGGCCGGCCCUGUCAAUGGGUUGUCGGGCUCUCCUCCUGUUCCGGGCAAGUGGAAGCCAAAGGUGGAGUCAGGGGAACCCUCCCUCCACUCACCCCCAAGCCCUGGGACCCCAAGUGCCACUCCGGUUGGGCCCUCUGCCUUGCCGGCGCCUAGCCCAGCCAGUGCCACUCCCAACCAGCGCCGGUGGGUCUCCUCUGCCACCAGCGCCAAUGACUCCUUCGAAAUAAGGCCAGCCCCCAAGCCAGAUGUGGAAACUAUCCCAGUCGGGGACCUUCAGGCCAGGGCCCUGGCCAACCUCCGUGUUAACUCCCGCAACUCCUUCGUGUUGAUCCCCAAGCGCAAGGCCCUUGGGAACCAUUUUUCGGAGGGGAGGCAGUCAGUGGAGCCAAACGCGGAGGUAGGCUGGGCCUCUCAGAGCCAGGGGCUCAGAGCCCAGCCGGUGUCUACAGUGGAUGGUGCACCUGUCCUAGAGAGGAGUACCUCGACUGCUGAGAUGCAGUGGGCAGCUAGGGAGGAGGGCUGCCCCCGGACAGCCACUGCUGUCACAGACAGGUCUGUUAGGUGGCAGCCGUCAUCCUCACCACCUCCGUUCCUACCAACCACUGUUGAAGCAGAGCCGACCGAGGGCUUGGUUCCUGGCUUGGCCAAGAAUGGCCAGGAGCCUGGGAGGCCAGGACUUCCAGUCACCUUCAUUGAUGAAGUAGACUCAGAAGAGGAGACCUCCCAAGAAGCCCAACUGCCCUCCUCAGCAGUUGGUGGGCCCCUCCAGUACCACCUGCCCCUUGCCAGGCCUGGGCACACCGCAGAGCUCCCAAACCGAGGCAGCAACACUUUCAUAGUGGUGCCCAAGAGGAAGCCAGAGACCCUUCAGGAGGCACACUUCAGUCCGGCCAAUGGGCAGUCCCAGCAACAGGAGUCUGAGGAACAGGACACUGACAGCCUCUCAGGACCCCACCCUGCCCUAGAGAACACCCUUAAGAAACGCUACCCCACUGUACAUGAGAUUGAAGUGAUCGGUGGUUACCUGGCCCUGCAGAAGUCCUGCCUCAUCAAGGCUGGCUCGUCCAGAAAAAAGAUGAAGAUCUCCUUCAAUGACAAGAGCCUGCACACAACAUUUGAAUACCCUUCUGAGAGCUCCCUGGCCCAAGAAGAAGCGGAGGAAGAAGAGGAGGAAGAGGACGAUGGUGAAGAGGAGGAAGUGGGGCUUGACUCAGAGAAGUCCUUUUCCCUCUUCCUGCCCCGGGCCACAUUUGUAAGCAGUGUGGGACCUGAGAGCCCCCGACUACCAGAUGGCAGCUCAGGCCUGUCCAGCUACACUCCCAAGCAUUCCAUGGCCUUCAGCAAGUGGCAGGAACAGACACUGGUGCAGGCUCCAAGUGAGGUGGAACUCCCACCGAAGGAGGUCAUGCUCACACCUGCCAGUCAGAAUGAUCUCUCGGACUUCCGCAGCGAGCCAGCCCUCUAUUUCUGACCCCUGGAACUGCCAGGAUGGCUAAGACUUAGGCCCAGGUGUGGUGGUUCUGGAAGCCAGUCCAUGCCCAGGAGCCCUGACUUUAUUCUGUACCCCCUUCCAUCUGGCUCUUUGGGCCUUCCUCUCUCUCUGUCACCUUCUACCUUUAGGUUCAGGUCUGAAUCUCAUUCCCCUUUGGGGGUGCCAAGGAAGAACAGGUGGGAAUUGCCUACAGGACAGGUUGACAUCUGUCUAUAACAUCCCAUCUGAGAUGAGGUAGAAAGCCUGAACAGACUUUGCACCAGAGUGCUGUCUGUCCUGCCUCUUGGCUCCUACCUUCUGGGGAGGGGCCACUGUCAGGAGUGAGAGGCUGUCCUAGCUAUUUGCUCUUUGUUGAAUGAACCCCAAGCUCCUGCCCUCAGCCCAUGAUUCUACUAUGGUGGCACCCUUCAUGAUAGAUGACAGGGUAAUUUUUUUCCCCUUUCUGAUAUUGGACUCAAUAAACAACACUGUAACAAG